ACAUUUCGAAUUGAAUUAGAUUCCGAGUCUUGUCCGAAUCAAUCCCGGCUCGGAUUGCGAGUUGAACUCAGCUCAACAAGCUAUGCCACCAAAGCCCACAAUGUCGUCUACACUUCGCGCGCUCCACCGUGCCAACACUGAACCCUCCACGGACAUCAAUGAAUUCAAGGCUGUGCUGCGCAAAUCCAAGAAUGUUGUGGCUGUCUGUGGAGCUGGACUUUCGGCCGCCUCUGGGAUACCGACCUUUCGAGGAGCUGGUGGUAUGUGGCGAAAAUACGACGCAAUGUCCCUCGCUACCCCCGAAGCAUUCGAGGACAACUCCUCUCUGGUCUGGCAAUUCUACCAUUACAGACGCGAAGUUGCCACCAAAUCAGAGCCCAACGCAGCGCACCUGGCACUGUCUGUGUUCUCCAUACCAUCCAAACGUCAAAUUGUGGCCCCGGAUGCUAGUUUUGCGAUCAUCACCCAGAACGUGGAUGGGCUGAGUGUCAAAGCCAACGAUAAGGUACUGAAAGAACUGGGAUAUACCAAGGAUCCGCCGGACCUCGCACCUCUGUUGGAGAUGCACGGUCGAAUCUUCGACGUUAGAUGCACUUCUGAGCAGGCCUGUGGUCAUGUCGAAUACAACCCUGCUUCGCCCAUCUGCCCCGCUUUGUCGGGGACCGAAGACUCUGUCGUUGCGGGUGCCAUGGAUCCCAAUAUCCCGCAUCAAGAUUUGCCUCGGUGCAGCAGAUGUGGAGCUCUGGCACGACCAGGUGUCGUUUGGUUCGGGGAGAUUCCAUUUGAAAUGAAGCGAAACGACGAGCUCAUCGAUGCCGCCGAUUUAUGCAUAGUUGUGGGGACGAGCUCGACGGUUUAUCCAGCCGCAGGCUACGCAAGCGAAGUUCGGCACAAGGGAGGACGAGUUGCUGUAUUCAAUCUCGAACGAACUUCAGGGGAUGAAAUUGCUGAUUUCCUGUUUCUUGGUCCCUGCGAGCUGACACUGCCAGAGGCCUUGGGUCUAAGGCCAUCGGCGGAUGACUAGUAUGCUCAGUAUUUCACAGAGCCGACCACGUGGACAUCGGCCGGCCGUGUUUCUUCUUUUGUCCAGUUAGAAAGUAAUUCAAAUGUACCACCUGAAUAUUCAAGCGCGUAAAUAUCAGAUAUAUUGGACAUUCAAUCCAG